GGAAGAGAAAGAGAGAGAAACAUUUUACCUUCUUUUCCUCUUACCCAAAAUGCUCGAGAGUAUGGAGCGCGUUUGCUGCCAUGUAACGACAGAAUAACACGGCGGGGACAGGGGGGACAGGAAAGUGACAUCGCCGUGUUAAGAGGAGAGCUCUGUUGCCUAAAAAGAUGGCUGUGAAGGAGGAAGGCGAGGUUCUGCACGGGAAAAUCAAGUGCCACGACGGGCUGGCCGGCGCGAGUGGCGCCGAGAGCUUCAGGAACGGCUACGUGAAGAGCUGCGUCACCCCCUUGAAGGAAGACCAGCAGCGGGGCUUCUUCCUCAACGCGUGCAGCUUUUGCAAUGCGGAUCCCCGGCGCGUCCGUGCCUCGGCUCUCUACUUGGGCGCCUUCGCACUUCUCCUGCUUUCGCUCGCGGUCUCCCGGAGCCUCGACGGCGGCCGGAGCUCCGCGCUGCUGCUGCUGCGGACUUUGCAGUCGUCUUUGCUGGGCUUGUCACAGUCCGUCAGCCCCCUGUUCAGCAUCGCCUGUGCCUUUUUCUUCCUCACCUUCUACCUGAAAAGGACCAAGAGGGAAAGUUACCGAUCGUGGCUGCUCUCGCUGCCGGCCUCGUGCUACUUGGGGGAUUUCUUGCUUCUGCAGUUCUUGCGCUGGGGAGACGAGCAGCAGCAGAUGCAAAUGGUGGGCAGGCUGCUCUUUGUACUGGGCUGCGUGGGGCUGCUGACGCUCGUGCCCACUCUGAAGCUCAAACACAGCGUCUUGAUCCUGGUUUUCGCCAGUUUGGUUUGGCUCGUCUCCUUCACCAGCCUGGGCUGCUUGUCGCCGUCGCUGAGACCCCUCUACGCCUGCCUGGCCGGAGUAUCGGGCUCUGUCAUGGCGCUAUACUUUGACAAUUAUUUACCAAGGGAAGUGCCGCACAAGGUCUCCGUCGGAGAGGAGAAAGUGCCCGUCAUCCGACCCAGGAGAAGGUCCAGCUGCGUGUCCCUGGGAGAAACUUCAACAAGUUACUACGGCAGCUGUAAGAUGCCCAGGAGACCAUCUUUGCCCUGCAUUUCAAGAGAGCAGAUGAUUCUGUGGGACUGGGAUCUGAAGCAGUGGUACAAGCCGCAGUAUCAGGGUGCUGCAGUUGGCAAUGGAGUGGACCUCUCGGUUAUCAAUGAAGCUCGCAAUCUGGUGUCCGACCUGAUGGUGGAUGCCUCCUUACCACCGCAGGUCAUCUCCUCUCUGCGCAGCAUCAGCAGCCUGAUGGGCACGUUCUCGGGCUCCUGUCGGCCACGAGUGAAUCCAUUUACGCCCUUCCCGGGAUUCUACCCCUGCACGGAAGUGGAUGACCCUUCAGAGAGGGGAGAACGGAAACUUUUCAAGGGAAUGAACAGCCGACACAGCUUACCGACUCCACAGCUUCGCAGGAGUUCAGGAGCUUCGUCACUUCCGCAGCUUGAAACGUCACGUUGGGAGCGCAGCAAUGGGAAGAGGCCUCACCCGGAGUUUGCUCCCACAAAUCAAGGUUCUCAGGCCAACGGCCCUACGAGUGGCAACUUGCUGACCAUCCCGAAGCAGAGGUCAUCUUCUGUCACGCUGACUCAUCACCUCACACCCCGGCGCACGGGCCCUUCUCCAAAUCUCAGUCCACUAAAUUCUCCCAGCCAUGGCCCAGUGCCUGGCACCUCUCAGGUCACCCGGUCCCCGGUGGAGUUUCCAGACACUGCUGACUUCCUCACCAAACCUAGUGUCAAUCUGCAUAAGCCACUAGGAGGCGCCCUCAGCUCGGUAGAGUUCCCUCAGCAGUAUCGGACUUCGAGCUUUCUGCACUGCUCCAGUUGUGGACGUCAGAUGCUUAAAACUAUUCCCAGCGUGGAGUCCAUGGACGGCACUUUCCAGUCUGCAGUCGAUGUGCAGCUCAGACAUAAAGCUGAAGGAGCCGAAAGCACAAGUGACACGCAAGUCCUCGGCACAGCGGAUGAGAGCAGGGCAGGCCUGAGAGAAGGUUGUGGACACACCUCAGACACGCAACAGUCCAGACAGGUGGAGCGGAACGCACUGUUGGAUUCUUUACUAGAAGACCACGAUGCUUUAAUGGAAAAGGUCAGCAACUGGAACUUCCCCAUCUUUGACCUGGUGGACAAGACCGGAGGCAAGACAGGAAGGAUCCUCAGCCUGGUGAGCUACACCCUCUUUCAGGACACGGGCCUCUUUGAAAUCUUUAAAAUCCCCACUCAAGAGUUCAUGUCCUACUUUAUGGCACUGGAGGAUGGCUACCGAGACAUUCCCUAUCACAACCGUGUCCACGCCACUGAUGUCCUGCAUGCCGUCUGGUUCCUGACGACGCGGCCCGUGCCUGGAUUCCAGCAAGUGCACAACGAACAUGUGACGGGUAGCGACACGGACUCGGACAGCGGCAUUUCGCCAGGCAGAGUAGCCUACGCCACCUCAAAAAGCUGCUCGAUAAGUGAUGAUAACUAUGGCUGUCUGGCUUGGAACAUCCCGGCCCUGGAGCUCAUGGCUCUCUAUGUAGCAGCCGCCAUGCAUGAUUAUGAUCACCCAGGCCGAACAAACGCCUUCCUGGUGGCCACAAACGCUCCCCAGGCUGUGCUUUACAAUGACAGGUCGGUCCUGGAAAAUCACCAUGCGGCAGCGGCUUGGAACCUCUUCUUGUCCCAGCAGGAGUUCAACUUUCUAGUCAAUCUGGACCACGUAGAGUUCAAGCGCUUUCGCUUCCUGGUUAUCGAGGCCAUCCUUGCGACAGAUCUGAAGAAGCACUUUGACUUCCUUGCCGAGUUCAAUGCUAAGGUAAAUGACGUGAACAGCCCAGGAAUUGACUGGACCAACGAGAACGACCGUCUGCUCGUCUGCCAAGUGUGCAUUAAACUCGCAGACAUUAAUGGACCCGCUAAAGAGAGGGAGCUGCACCUGAAGUGGACCGAAGGCAUUGUCAACGAGUUCUACGAGCAGGGAGAUGAAGAGUCGAAUCUGGGUCUACCCAUCAGCCCUUUCAUGGACCGCUCGUCGCCACAGUUAGCGAAGCUCCAGGAGUCAUUCAUCACUCACAUCGUGGGGCCCUUGUGCAACUCGUAUGAUGCCGCGGGCCUGCUGCCUGGCCGAUGGAUUGAAGAUGACGAAGAAGUGCCUGAAUGUACAGAGGAGGAUGAAGAAGGAGAAGAAAGUGAAACAGAAGAUGACGAGAUGGAUGAUGACCUUGCUCCUAAAAGAAGAAAAGGCAGACGGCGCAUGUUCUCCAACAUCAUGCAUCAUUUGACGGAAAACCACAAAAUCUGGAAGAAGGUCAUCGAGAAAGAAGAGAAGAGUAAAGCGGAGCUGAGCAAGCAGCAACAGCAGCAGCAGCAGUCGGAGGUGGCGCUGGUCCAGGCAGCAGACGACAUCCAGGUGAUCGAGGAGGAAGCGGAAGAGGAAGAGCGACAGCAGGCGGAGGAGAAGUGACAGACGUUGCUCGAGAGACACGCUCGAUUAUUUUUUUUUUUUUCCACUGUGCUGACACGGGAGCACACUUCACGUCACAUCAAAAACAAAACAAA